CGGCCUGCGGGCGGCGCUGUGGCCCAUUGGGCAGCCCCGAAGUGUCGCUGUAGCCGCCCGCCUCCCCAGACCUAACGUCUUCGCCGCCGGCUUCGGCCGCCGCCAUGGCCGACGUGGAAGACGGUGAAGAGCCGUGUGCCUUAUCCUCUCACUCGGGGGGCCCUGGCUCCAAGUCGGGAGGCGACAAAAUGUUCUCGCUGAAGAAAUGGAACGCAGUGGCAAUGUGGAGCUGGGACGUGGAGUGCGAUACGUGCGCCAUCUGCAGGGUCCAGAUGCCUGUCUUAGAUGUCAAGCUGAAAACAAACAAGAGGAUUGUGUUGUGGUCUGGGGAGAAUGCAAUCAUUCCUUCCACAACUGCUGCAUGUCCCUGUGGGUGAAGCAGAACAACCGCUGCCCUCUCUGCCAGCAGGACUGGGUGGUCCAGAGAAUUGGCAAAUGAGUGGUGGAAGCUUUCUCAGUGCAGUUGUUCCCAGCCCUGCUGGACAUUGCUGUUGAGUGGCUGACGAAGGCCCAGGCACUGUAGGGCACCGCUUUUUCACGAAGAAGGAGUGGAUCUUAGUCCUUGGGGACACAUCAAAGGCAUGAUUCAGCAUUUUAUCAACUUAAUUUCCAGAAAUUCUCUACAACUAAGAAGAUAAUUUAUUAAAGAUGGUUUUUCCUACCUCUGUGGUGUGUGUCAUAUACACUGCUUACAAGUGCUGUAAGAAGGAGAAAAGUCCAAUCAACUGACCCUUGUAACUAACUGUCACUCUACAAGGGGCCAUAGAACAACUACCAUUCACAGGAGAACUUUUUGCAUGCUUCCGGUGAAUCAGAUAAAAAGAGACUCUUUAAUAACAAAUAAAAUGUAGUUUAAAACUCA